AUGGCAGCUUGGGGUGUGUUGGCUCUACUGGGAUUUCAGGUCUUCUUCCUAACUGAGGCUUCUAUGGCGAGGUGCCAAGCAGGGGGGUACGAGGAUAUCGUCAUCGCCAUAGACCCGGGGGUACCGGAAAACGUUGCGAUCUUAGAAACAAUUCAGACAAUGGUGAAGGAGGCUUCACAUUACCUGUUUAAUGCUACAAGACAAAGGCUUUAUAUAAGGAGUGCGAAGAUCUUACUUCCUAGAACUUGGUCACUGAACUACACCAAGUAUACCAACCGUACAAGAGAGCGGUAUGAGAAGGCAGAUGUUGUCAUUGCGAAUAUGUUUCCAAGGAUUGGAGACGCCCCUUACACAAAACAAUAUGGUGGAUGUGGGGAACCAGGGCGAUAUAUUCACUUGACACCAAACUUUCUGCUGCAGGAAAAUUUAACCUCACUCUAUGGACCAUAUGGGAAGGUGUUUGUUCAUGAGUGGGCUCAUCUACGUUGGGGAGUCUUCAAGGAGCACAACCCCAAUGAACCAUUUUAUAUUACUGGAAAGAGUCAAGUAGAAGCAACAAGGUGUUCAGCUAAUAUCAAUGGUACUUACAGAGUGCCACAUGUGGGACCUUCCUGUGUAACAAGGCCAUGUAGCAUUGAUCCCAGCACAGGCUUGUUUGCAAAAGGUUGUACUUUCUUCCCUGAAAAGACUCUAUCAGCUGGUGAAUCUUUGAUGUAUUCCCCUGGUCUCCAUUCUGUAUCUGAAUUCUGUGAUGAGACGUCUCAUAAUAUAGAAGCUCCAACGAUGCAGAAUCGGAUGUGUGACUGUCGCAGUACAUGGGACAUUAUUAGGAAUCACAGGGAUAUUGUUUCAGCUGCACCAAGAGAAGAUUUCAACAUGUCUGAACCGACCUUCUCUCUUCUGCGAUACAAGGAGCGAGUGAUCACUCUGCUGAUAGAUGUCUCGCAAAGCAUGAACACGAACAACCGAUUUGGGAGAGUACGUCAGGCAGCGGACAUGUUCUUCACUGAGAGCAUUGCAGAGGGGACUUACCUUGGUAUUGUCGAGGUCUCUAUAUACUCAUAUCCAUCAUCUAAGCUGCUACAAAUCACUGAUGACAGCGUCCGAGAACAUCUGAGAACUAAACUUCCACCCACAGUAUCAGACUACGGAUCUGACUUUUGUCUUGGUAUUUUAGAGGCAUUUAAGAUCAACAGGGAGAGCGGAUCAUUACCUGGUACUGAAAUAAUAUUAUUGGCAGAUGGAAACGAUAUAAAAGGUUCAAUUCGUUGCCUUUCUGACAUUGAAGAGAGCGGAGUCGUCAUUCAUACCGUAGCCCUGAGCAAUGAGGCGACCAAAGAACUGGAGAAACUUGCUGAUAUGACGGGAGGUCUGAAAUAUUUUGUGGCAGAUCAAGAGGAAUCACAUGAUUUGAUUGACGCCUUUGUUGGAAUUGCAAAUGAAAACGGAGGCAAUUCCGCCAGGGUCAGCCAGAUGGAGAGUGCGACCUUCAGUGUGAACCCCACACAGUGCAUCAGUGACACAGUGUAUAUGGACAGCACAGCGGGGGCGGAAACUUUCUUUACAGUUACCUGGCAGUAUUCUGAUCUAUCCAUCAACCUGGAAAAUCCGAAUGGAAAGAUAUAUUCUACUGCAGACUUCACCACCGUACCAGCUUCUCAUCUGAGCCGACUAAAGAUUCCAGAAGUAGCCGCGAGUGGAGCCUGGAACUUCACCCUCUGCAACAACGACACACGGGAUCAGGUAUUAGGUAUAGUAGUGACCUCCAAAUCUGCCGGUGUGAACGAACCGCCCAUCAUUGUAAAUGUCCAUAUGAACAACGACACAAACAGGCACCCCGCCCCCAUGAUUGUCUACGCAUCUGUAAGCCAGGGGCUACUCCCGGUGAGAGGGGCAAAUGUCAUUGCAGUUAUCACCUCGGAAGACGGCGACCGUACUGCUCUGCAACUUCUGGACAAUGGAGCAGGUGCCGAUAUUGUAAAAGACGAUGGUGUCUACUCGAAAUACUACUUUAAGUUCAGUGCAAGCGGAAGAUACGGUCUAAAAGUGCGUGUCACCUGUCAUGUGAGUGAGUGCAGACUCGUCCAUCCUAAGAAUCGAGUUUUACACUUACCGGGCUUUGUAGAAAAUGGUAAGGUUAUGAUGAACCCAUCAUGGCGUCCGGAGGAUGAUGUUCUGCCUGUACUCGGAGGAUCGCUCCAGAGAACCGCUGCUGGCGAAUCGUUCAUGGUGUCUGAUGUGGUCAAAGAGGAAACAGAUGUUUAUCCACCGGGGAAAAUUACAGAUUUACAGGCCAAACGUAUAGAUGACACCAUAGUCUUAUCCUGGACAGCACCUGGUGACGAUCUGGACAUCGGAAGCGCUUGGCGUUACGAGUUAGGAGUGAGCAACAAUAUUGCAGAACUCAGGGACGACUUCUGGGGUUCUGUUGUAGUCGACGUCCCUCUCAAACCGAGUUCAGCCGGAUCACGGGAAAACUACACAUUUAUUCCAAACCAUGACGAAGAAGACAUUGUCGUCUUCUAUUUUUCUUUAGUCUCAGUGGAUGAAAACCUGCAGAAGUCAGCGCCAUCAAACAUAGCUCAGGCUGCCAUCGGGGUUCCUUCUUUCGUUGCGCAAUGUCCCACACAAAAACCUAGAACCUGUACAACGAAGCACGUCCAAGUAUGUGAUGCCGGAUCCACGUCUGCGCCAACGCAACCAGCGAAAUGCCCAUCUAAGCCGAAACCAAAAUGUCCCACUAAUUGACCUAAAACAUUCCAUACAUGUUACUACAGUGCAAUAUAUGUGGUGAAAAUAACUUUAUUGACCCCAAACAGUCGAAUAACUGGAGUCCAAUGGGCCCCAGGACAAAUUUUAGACCUUACACCCAUCCCCAC